AUGUAUCUCUUUCAAACCUUUCUCCUUACUCCAAUCGUUCUUGCAGCUUCGAUAAUCACUCGACAUCAUUCUCGAGACGCAGCAGCAUACUUCCUUGACAAUAAUCCCAAUGGCUCGAACAUCAUUGCUAUGAGGAUAUCCCGAAAAGAUGGAACUCUUUCCCUACCUACUCGAACUUCUACUGGAGGAAAGGGGAUGCUCGGUCUAGAUGCUCCAGCAGCAAAUUCAACCACAGCCCCUGCACCUGGAGAUAAAGAUAGUUUGUUUAGUCAGAACUCCAUAAUUGUGUCAGGAGAUAAGCUUUUCACUGUCAACACUGGAAGUAAUACGUUGGCUAUGUUUUCGAUUGACUCGAACGAUUUCUUACAUCCGCGUAUGGUUGGUAGACCGGCGGAUACUAUGGGACAAUUCCCAGUCGCCGUUGCUUAUUCGCCAAAACUCAAGACUGCUUGCGUACUGAAUGGCGGUGCCGUAGCAGGAAUAUCUUGCUUUUUGACUCAUUAUAGCAAGGGUUUAUUGGCCAUUGGAUCUUUCCGACCUAUUGCCUUAAAUCAAACGACCCCACCCAUCGGACCUGCUGGGACGGUCUCGGAUCUUCUCUUCAACCCCUCUCAAACCACCCUCUUAGCGUCCGUAAAAGGUAACGGGCUUGCUCCAGGCUCAUUCAUCGCCUAUCCUGUCUCCCAAAGCGACAAUAGCAUUUCCAGUAUUCCCAUCGUCUCCGAGCCUCCACAAGUCCGCUUGAACUUUCGCAUAAGUUUUCUCGGCUCUGAUCAUCGACUUGCUGUCUCAGACCCGGCGAUUGGCGCAUCGCUUGUUUCUAUUUCGUCAUCCUCUAUUGUAACGGCAGAUAUUCCGAUCGCUGUUGCUGGAGAGUCAGCGGUUUGUUGGACAGAAUACAAUAGGAAAAGAGGAGAAGUUUAUCUGAUGGACGUAGCUGUUUCUAAUAUUACAGUAGUAGAUGCGAAAACGGGGGCAAUCAAAAAGGGGAUCCAGCAAGAUGAUGCGGGGCUGGGGAGUUUGGAUGCUAGGCUUGGAGGAGACUUUUUGUACGUGCUGAAGAGUGCGUCGGAGAUCAACGUUAUCAAGACAUCAGGUGGAAAAACUGUCCAGAGAUUCAAUUUGACAAAUUUGGGAAGUAGACAAGGGUUUGUGGGGAUGGCGACUUGGGGGUUUGGUCAAAACUAG